UGUCAUGUGUUGUAUUGUACGACAAACAAAAUCAUACGUAUCAAAGUUGUACAUGUAAGAUGCUUGUUGUACCGUUUACCGUCCCUUCCACUGACCCACCCACUGACCUUUCCAUUAUCUGCCAUUGCUAGUACUAAGUACCUGUGUGUGUACUAGCCAGUGUGUACUGAUUUACUACCAGUGUGUUCAUAUCCUCUCUCCUCACAUGUACCCUCUGUGGACUGUUACUCAACAACAGCGCGUGAGUUUAUUAUUGUCAGUGUGCGCUAGCUGAGCAUUGUAUAUUUAAUGGCAAACUAGACUGACUUGUGUACAUGUACUACUGCAUGAAGGCAGAAAUUGUGUGGCUUUAUUUAGGAUUGGUACUGCUCUUGAUAGUUUCAUGCUGUACAGACGUGUACUUGCAAUAAUUGAUGUAUACAUGUGUGAAUGCAUUCCUGUAUUUGAACAUGUUCAUUUCUCUACAUGUCCGUGUCCUACUACUUGUUAAUGUGACUACUGCUAAUGAUUACUGGAACAACAGAAUGUAAGUUACAGUAUACAGACAUGUAUGAAUGCACUCACUGCUCCUACCAUCAUCCCCCUCUCUCUGUUUCCAUGUGUGUCUUACGCUGGUGUCUCAUUGGACUAAACAGAAGGUGAGCGGGACACUGCACUGACUUGUGACUGUACUUGUGUCAGUAAUGUUUGAGUUGUAUGUGUACAUGUGUAAUAUAAAUUAUUGACAUGCCGUGACUCAUAGUGUACAAGUUUGUGAUUAUGUACUGUCUCUCUCCACACAUUUCCAUGGUUACUGAAUAUCUGGAACAAUAGAAAUGGAAGGCUAAGGAGGAGAGUGAACUGAAGAGUCACGAGACGAGAAGAGCUACCCUCCAACAGAGACUGUCUGGUGACAUCACUGACCAGGACCGGAGACAACUGCAGGGAGAGCUGGAGGAGGUGGAGGGGGAGAUCAAGGACUGUGUCUCAACGAUACAAGGGUAUGAGAGGUGGAUACAUAUCAAUGAGAAUAGGAUUGCUGAGAUACGAGGAAGACCAGAGAGGCAGAGAAAGGAAGAGUCUCAGCAUCUCUUUGAUGAGGCCAUGAAGGAUGGAUACGUUAUUCUUCGCAACAUCAAUCUCCUACUCAUGGGUGCAGCUGGUAGCGGUAAAUCAGCUACAAAGAAUCUCUUGCUUGGCAAUCCACCCUCAGAAGUACGAAACAGUACUCCUUGUCGAGAUAGAAUAGCCCACGUUCGACCAGUCACCAAUCUCCGUUUCCAGACUUCCGAGAACAAAUGGGAGGAAGUGAGUGAAGAGGAUUUGAUCAACAUGUUGGCUAAGGCCAUUCAGCAUCUACCCCAGGGCUCUCGUGACAAGCUACCUAGUGACCUUCAGACCAGGCUCAAGGAAUUGUCCACUGAGGCCAGUACCAGUGUAGCAACCGAAGCUACUUCAAUCCCACCUUCUCAAGAAAGUGUGUCUCCUGUGCAGCAAGCAAUUGAAGAUGUUGUCACGUUAGUCGUUAAAGCUAUGGUGUCAACACCGUCACAACAAGAAGCCUCAAUCUCCUCAACUGAAGGCAAAGAACUGUUUGGUACGAAAACGAUGCGUGUGACCGACAAUGGAGGACAGCCUCAGUUUCACGAUGUGGCCCCUCUCUUCAUUCGACAUGCUUCAGCAGGGCUGUUUGUUUCCAGGCUCACUGAUGAUUUUGCAGAUUAUCCCCACGACGACUUGUACAAGGAUGGAAAGCCAGUCGGUCCCUCAUCUCCAUCUCACCUUUCCUAUCUGGAAACCAAUAUGAGUUUACUGCGAUCCUUUCUCUCCUGCACGAGGGAUGGGAAAACGCCACGCCCCAUCUUUGUGGGCACUUUCUCCGAUAAAAUCAAAGAUCAAAAAGUUAUCGACAAGAAAAACCAAGCCUUGCUUGAUGCUUUGCCUCCUGAACUGAAACAAGAAGUCAUCUACAGCAAUCUACCAUUGAAACAGGUGAUAUUCGCCGUCAACGCUUGCAGUCGUGAUAAAAAUGCACAAGAGGUUGCCAAAGAAAUUCGGAAAGCUGUAGAAAACUCGCCUACAUUCGACCUCAAAGUUCCCCUGUGGUGGUUCAUCCUCGAGUUAGCUCUACAAAAGCUCUGCAAGAUCAUGAAAAGAGGUAUCCUUAGUAAGAGUGAGUGUAUCGCUUUGGCUCAACAGCUUGGAUUCGUUCCAUCUGCAUUGGAUGCUGCUCUCGACUACUUCAAUGACAUGUGCAUUGUCCACUACUACCCACACAUCCUGCCCCACACUGUGUUUGUGGAUCCUCAAGUCCCACUAGACAAAGUCAGUGAGUUAACACAACAUGCUGUCUCCCUGAGGGAUCAAAGGAAACCUCCUUCUGCCAAGGCUGCAAAAUGGCUCAAGUUCAGAGAUCAAGGCAUUUUCACUAUUGAUAUGCUCGAAUCGGAAGAGUUCCAGAAGCAUUACGAAGACGGCCUUUUCACACCUGCUGAUAUGAUAGCAAUCAUGAUGGAGCUUCUGGUAAUAGCCCCUCUCACCAUCCCACUACUUGGUCGAGUUGAUUGCUCUUUCUCUCAAGUGGAGUUUCUCAUGCCCAGUCUCCUCAGAUCUGUUCCACCCUCUGAGCUAGAGGACCAUCGUGUGUUCACUUCCUCAGCUGAUCCUCUUCUCAUCCGAUUCGUCAGUGGCUGUAUUCGAUGUGGGGUCUUCUGUUGUCUAGUGGUGUUCCUCAUGAAGAAGUGUGGGUGGAUAGUGUGUCUUCCUUCUGGAGAGCCGGUUCUUUUAGCUAGGAACUGUGUCAAGUUUCGGUUACCCGAUUCUCCUGGUAGCGUUACACUGAUUGAUUCCUUCUCUUAUAUGGAGGUCCAUAUCAAAGCCCGACCACACGUACUUCUGACCGUGUGUCCUCUAGUUAGAGCCAGUGUCCUUGAAGGUGUAGAUGCUGCUUCUGAUGCACUUCACUACAACAACGACAAGCCAGUCAUUAGCAUCUUCUGCCCUCACAAAGGAGCAACACAACAAGGCAAACGCCAUUUUGCUGAUAUCCAUGUAUCGACAAAACUGUGGUGCUGUUCUGAAGAUUUUGAUCUAGAUGGGGAUCUCAAGACGAGUCAUACUGUUUGGUUAGGUACGGCUGCGGAUGUCAAUCAAUGUGGGACUCUGGCCAAUGUUGUUAGUAGCACUGGAUCUGGAAUGAGUGAUCAACAGCCUUGUUUGAGUAAUUCUGCAAUGGAAGAUGUGUGCUUGAAGACGGAAGUACAUGAUCAUGAUCAGCUCAUUACUUCUGACAAAUUGUCUCCUGCAAUGGAACAUGUGUGUAUUAAGAAGACGGUGAUGAGUGAUCAACAGCUAUAUACCAACACAGCUGCUGAUGUCACUGAAGGAGAUACCUCACAAGAUGUCCUCGCUUCAUAUCCACACACCAUUCCCUCAGGAGCUGGUGGACCGAGGACUGUGACCAUUGAGGAAUUGAAGGAGCGUACUCAAAUCUCUUCUGAUGAUGAUGAUGAUGAUGACAGCAUUGAUUCAUGGUAUUCCACUAACGAACCAGUAGAGCACCAUCCAAUAGAUGAGGUUGUGGAUACAGUGGACACUCCUAGUGAUGUCACUGAUCCAGACACUCUCAUCAAUGAACAGAGCUUCUCUCAGGCAUCACCAGUAGAGCACCACCCCACAGCUAGUGACGAGGCUACUUGUACUACAGCCCUGCAGUCUACACACAGAACAGACCAACAUACAACAGCCUCUACUGUACUGACUGAUGCUGUACCAUCUGAUGUCACUGAAGGAGAUACCUCACAAGAUGUCCUCACUUCAUAUCCACACACCAUUCCCUCAGGAGCUGGUGGACCGAGGACUGUGACCAUUGAGGAAUUGAAGGAGCGUACAAAAGUGACCGACUCUCAACUUGAUACUGAAAUUGAAGAGACAGACAUGUUGGACCUGGCAGAUCACUUUGACAAUGUGGAGACCUACCCUGCUAUGUUGGGGCUGAGCCCUGCUGAACAGAAAGAUGUUAAAUAUGCUUUGUUUCUCAAUGACAUGCAAACAGCAAUGUUUCAUACUCUAAAGGUGUGGAGACAGCAUAAUCCAGGUGCAGCCACGUACCGAGCACUAGUGGACAUUGUACUGGAUAUGAGAAUGGAAGAAUUGGCCACUUACAUUUGUCAGUCAGCAGCUAGAAAACCUGAACCUGUGGUGUGCAAUAGAACCUAACUCAUUAUUGUGCAUGUCAUACUUGCACUGUUUUAGUUAAUUCCUUGAUCUGUGCUAUUUGUGUGAAUUCUUUAAAAAAAAUUGCCCAUUGCUUCGC